GUGAGAAGGCACAUCACCCAAUGCCUCUCAGUCUUCACUCUUCGGUCUCCACCCCCAGCGUUCUUCCUGAACGUCCCCUGUAGUAUUGCAAACUACUCCAGAUGAAUGUUGUUAUGUUUUAUAUAUGUAUGCCGACUGCCGUCGCGGAAUUCCGUCGGAGACUCGGACAGAGCCGACUACCCCUAUCAGUAAUCUCAUCAGUUUCAGUUCCAUAUUUCUGUUCCUUUUCUUUUCCUUUUCCUUUUGAUAAUGCAUUUUCACAACUAUGUUAUAGAUAUAUAUAUCCUAUUCUUUGAUCUGAUGGUUUGAUACUUUAAAUAGUUAUGAAUCCUACUUUUUCUGGGUUGCCUGAUUUCAAUAACGAUGUCUUGCUCGACGAUGACCAUGCCAUUUCACCCAAUUCCAAUCAAUACCCAGAUCUUUUAAACGACUACGAAUUCAAUUUGCCCUCCCCGGACCUUAUCUUCCUUGAAAGUUCAUUGCUUUCACCUGACCUGGGUCACACUGAUUUCGCUCCACCCAUAACUGUGGCCCCAGCAGCAGAGCCAUAUGCUCCGUCAGCUGGCAAUAGCAUGAGCACACCGUCUGUGGGUACGAGUCCGGGGGGAGACUUGUCCUCGGACGACAGCGAGUUCUCAGAAACGGUUCUCAAGUACAUAAGCCAGAUGCUUUUGGAAGAGAACAUAGAGGACAAGCCCUGCCUGUUUUACGAUCCUUUGGGUCUCCAAGUCACCGAGAAAUCCUUUUAUGAUGCAAUCGGUCAGAAAUACCCUCCUUCCUCCAAUCUACACCAAGAAGAACCAACCUAUAUCAAUCUCAACAUGGGGAGCCCUGAUGAUGUUUUUUCUGCAAGCAGUGGUGGUGAUUAUGGUGUUAGUAGGAUUUCUAGCACUAGAAAUAGCACUGAUCGACAGUGGGUCAGUGAUGUUUUCCAGCCCAAUUUGCAGCCCGCCAAUGGAUCACAGUUUUUAGCCAAUCAGUCGAACGGCGUGACUAACAUCGGUGAUGGCAUGGAGCUUUUGGCUCAGAACAUUUUUAUUGAUAGUGAAUCUGUGUUGCAAUUUAGGAGAGGGUUAGAGGAAGCUAGUAAGUUCCUUCCUAGGGGCAAUCAGUUAGUUAUUGAUUUGGGGACUAGCAUGGUAUCACCAGAGUUGAAGGGAGAGGAUCAAAAGGUGGAACUCAAGGGGGAGAAGGGUGAGAGAGAGAUUUCACCGGAUGGGUUGAGGGGAAGGAAGAAUCAUGAGAGGGAAGAUGAAGAUGUAGAUGUAGAAGAAGGGAGGAGUAAUAAGCAGUCUGCGGUUUAUGUGGAAGAGAGUGAAUUAACAGAAAUGUUUGAUAAGGUGUUGCUUUCCACCGAAGCACUUUCUCUGGUAUGCGGUAACAAUGACAAUGAACCCGUGCAGAAUAAAGCAAGCAAGGCCUCACAGCCAAAUGGGCAGCCGCAAGGAGCUAAUGGUGGGAAGAGUCGUGCUAUGAAACAGGGACAAAAGAAGGAUGACUUGAGGACACUUUUGCUAUGUGCACAAGCUGUCUCAGCAGGUGACAAUAGAACUGCAAAUGAGUUACUGAAUCAGAUUAGGCAGCACUCUUCCCCGUAUGGUCAAGGGUCUCAGAGGUUGGCCCAUUUCUUUGCUAAUGGCCUUGAGGCACGCUUGGCUGGCACCGGCACUGGAACUCAAAUUUUUUAUAGUUCCUUAAUUUCCAAAAGGAUCUCAGCUUCUGAAAUAUUGAAAGCUUACAAAGUUCAUCUUUCAGCUACCCCUGUCAGGAGGACCUCACUCUUCUUUGCUACCAAAAUGAUUAAUAAAGUAGCAGAGAAAGCAACAAGUCUUCAUAUUAUAGACUUCGGUAUCGAAUAUGGUUUCCAUUGGCCACUUCUGAUCCAUAAGCUCUCAAAAAGAGCUGGAGGACCUCCCAAGCUACGUAUUACAGGGAUAGAGUUUCCCCAACCCGGAUUCCGUCCAACAGAGCGUAUUGAGGAGACUGGUCAUCGAUUGGCUAAAUAUUGUGAGCGGUUUAAUGUUCCUUUUGAGUACCAUGCUCUAGCAUCGCAAAACUGGGAGACCAUCCAAAUUGAAGACCUCAAGAUUGAUAGGAAUGAGUCGAUUGCUGUGAACUGUAUAUACCGGUUUAAGAACCUACUUGAUGAAACAGUUGAAGGGACCAGUCCACGGAAUGCGGUUUUGAAUUUAAUCAGGAGGAUAAAUCCCGAUAUUUUUGUCCAUUCUAUUGUUAAUGGAAUCUACAAUGGACCAUUCUUUGUCACACGGUUCCGAGAAGCGCUCUUCCACUUCUCUGCAUUAUAUGACAUAUUUGAUGUUACUUUACCCCGUGAGAACCAAGAGAGGUUGAUGUUUGAGAGAGAGAUCCUUGGGAGGGAGGUUAUGAAUGUUGUAGCAUGUGAGGGCUUGGAGAGGGUUGAGAGGCCUGAGAAUUACAAGCAGUGGCAGCUCCGGACUAUAAGGGCUGGUUUCAGGCAGCUCCCAUUGGACCAAGAGAUGAUGACCUUGUUCAGGUCUAAGUUGAAGGAAUGGUACCACGAGAAUUUUGUACUUGAGGAAGACAACCAUUGGAUGCUUCUGGGAUGGAAGGGCCGUGUUCUCUUUGCUUGCUCUUGUUGGGUGCCGAAUUAGGAUGUUUGUGGAAACUCAAACUAUUGUCAUUGUUCAUUCAAUUUUCAAUGUUUUUCUCUUUUGUGUAUGCUUAUCAUCUUGAACUUUCAACUGGUGUUUUUAUAAAUGGUGGUAGAACUAUGGAUUAAAUAAAAGACUUGGAACAAACUGCAAAGCCUUUUGAAGUGAAA